AUGGCUGUAUGCGCCCACCUCUCCAGGUACCAUGAAUCCAUCCACUUCCUCUACUCCGCAAACACAUUCUCGAUCGAACCAAACUACUUUCCCCCAUUCUCAGACGUGAAGCGACUCUUCCCAUCCCACUGCCUUUCUGCUGUUCGAUCUCUCGAGCUCCUAUACCCUGUUGCCACAUAUCGUGAUCUUCCCGUCCUUGAUAGAUUCACUUCUACGAUUGCCCAUAUCCCGCUUAUAUUCCCCCACCUCCGCUCAUUUCAUAUUGCAAUUAGCUCCUGGUGGAUGCUUUGUGCACUUGAGCACUGGGAGAAUUUUGCUGCGGACCAUUCAGAACUUGUCAAGUCCGAGUUACUCGGCACGCUAGAUGGACUCGUGAGUGAAAGUGCUAGAAGACGACAGGACUGGCCCAGCCGAGGUUUCGAUGUUCAAUUGGUCGAAGAAAACGCUGACGAAAAGACAUUGGAGGCAGUUGGAUGGAGAGACGGACUCUAUGAAAUCAAAAUUGGGUUAUUGGAUUGUCAUGGCAUGCUAAAGGCAUGGAUCCUCCGCGGAAUUGUUGAUAGAACUUGA